CAGCUUCUCCUCCCAAAGCCCUGAGAUAAAAAAUGGAAGAACCUCUACAUCACCAUUACGACUUGGUAAUCCUCGGCGCCUCUGGUUUUACAGGCAAAUACGUAGUGAGGGAAGCUCUGAAAUUCCUCAACACACCUUCGUCUCCCCUCAAAACAAUAGCCCUAGCUGGCCGGGAUCCCGCCAAAGUGGAUGAAGCUCUGAAAUGGGCAGCUCAAUUGGCAUCCCCUCCUUCCAUUCCCAUCAUCAAAGCCGAUGUCUCUGACCCAACUUCACUUCGAGAGCUUUGCAGUAGAACCAAGCUCGUCUUGAAUUGCGUCGGUCCCUUUCGCCUCUAUGGAGAACCCGUCGUCUCUGCUUGUGUCGAAGCGGGUUGUGAUUAUCUGGACAUAACUGGUGAGCCUGAAUUCAUGGAGAGAAUGGAGGCAAUUUACCAUGAGAAGGCGAUGGAGAAAGGAUCCUUGGUUGUUUCUGCAUGUGGGUAUGAUUCGGUUCCAGCGGAACUGGGAUUAAUGUUCAAUUCGAGGCAAUGGGAACCACCAGCGGUACCUUACCGAGUUGAGGCGUAUUUGAAUUUGGAGUCAAAGAAGAGGAUAGUUGGGAAUAUCGGGACCUUCGAGUCGGCCGUUUUGGGUGUUGCUAACAUGAAGCAGUUGCAGGAGUUGAGGAGGUCUAGACCCAGAAGAGCUAGGCUGGCGAUUCCUGGGCCCCCUCCUCCGACAGGGCCAAUUAUAGAACACCAGAAGACAAUUGACCUUUGGGCACUAAGACUACCUUCAGCAGACUCCAUUGUUGUGCGGAGAACACUCGCAACUCUGACAGAAAACCCACAUGGCCUUCCUGGGGUUGAUGAAGGUGAGGAGCAGAUGGAGUGUAGGAAGAAUUUCUGGUCAAAGGUGAAGCCGGCCCAUUUUGGGGUGAAGAUAGGCUUCAAGUCUCUGUUGGGAAUUAUACCAAUUAUCAUAGUUGGGAUCUUCAUCGGUCUAUUUGGUAGAAUUUCUUUUGGGAGGAGGCUACUGUUAAAGUUUCCCUCCAUUUUCAGCCUUGGGGGGUUUAGGAAGACAGGUCCAACUGAGGAAGAAGUUGAAAGUGCUUCAUUCAAAAUGUGGUUCAUUGGACAUGGUUACAGUGACGGUAGUCUUGCUUCACAGGGAAACAGAAAACCAGAUACAGAGAUAAUUACCAGAGUUAUGGGACCAGAGAUUGGAUACUUGACAACUCCUAUUAUCUUACUUCAGUGUGCUCUUACAGUAUUAAAUAGGCGCAACAACCUGCCCAGAGGAGGUGUCUUCCCGCCUGGGAUUGUUUUUGGCCCAACUGAUCUCCAGGAAGGACUCCAGCAAAAUGGGAUAUCCUUCGAUAUUAUCUCAAAGAAAGCUCUUCCAGUCUAGUCUCUACAAUCUCUCAACCUUACAAGCAGUUCUAACAGGAAAAUGGAAAACCAUGGAGUUCUUGGUGGCCAGUUCUGAGAUGGACUGAUGGACACACAAUAAAUGGAGAUUUAAAUUUAA